GAUCGAACCUUCGUAUUGCAAUUCCCAAAUAUCUCGCUCAAUUCCCACGCGUGUGACCCCGUCUGCGAACCCGCCCUGUUGGAUAGCUCGAGUCUUUAAACCUACCCCGCCAAAACAACAGCAGUCACAAUGGCUGCCCCCGCAUCCAGGACGCUCAAAGACCUCAAUGGAAAGUGGACUAUGAACAAGACCCUCUCCGACAGCCCGGACCCGGCGCUGGCGCUGCAGGGCAUCGGGUGGCUGACGCGCAAGGCGAUCGGUCUGGCGUCGAUCACGCUGGACAUCAAGGAGUACGAGGGCGUCCCCUCGCCGCCGUCCGAGGCGGCCGGCCCGGCGACGCACAUCGAGAUCGAGCAGCUCGCGACCGCGGGUGUCAAGGGCACGACGGAGAAGCGCUGCGUCGACGGCGAGUGGCGCGAGCACGGCGACUGGCUGUUCGGCCGCGUCCGGGGCCGCAGCAACUGGAUCGCGUCCGCCGCCGACGUCGAGGACAAGUUCCUGGCCGGCGGGUGGCUGGCGGGCGAGGGGGAGGCGUCGGGCCCCGCCGGCGAGGGCCUGCUCGAGAGCUAUGUCGAGAGCCUGGAUAGCGACUGGACGGCCAGGCAGAUCUGGGGGUUCCAGACCGUCGAGGGCGAGAGGAGGUACUGCCGGAAUAUCGUCGUUGCUAAGGGGGCCCAGCGGGUCGAGAUCAGGCUGGUCUACGACUACCUCCCUUGAGUCUAACGACGCCGGUCGGCAUGUGCGGGGGGUUUUGCGCCUUGGGCACGCGGCCUAGGGCACUGGAAAGUGGGAGGACUAGUAAGGCGCUAGGCGCCUGCGCACCAGUUGUUUGUAAAUGCGGGCUGGCAUGGGCAGCGUAGCAGAUACCCGAAGACAACGAAUGCAACGCAUAUGAAAGGGUUGCAAAUCUCAUUUUGAUUACUGUGCCGAUUGUAAGUGUAGUGUAUGUAGCUUUGAUCCCGUCGGGCUGCAUAAUCUCCCCUUCUCUCCUUCUCUGUCUCUUGCCUUAUGUAAACAGAA